AUGUUUGGCGCUUGGACGAAGAACUCUCCACCUUUUGCGCACAGCUUUGCCGAGCACACCGCACAGUUGGACGAAGCUCAAAAACAAUAUUAUCACGACAAUCACUCCCAAUUAGUCCAUUGGCGAGGGAAGAGAGACAUGCGUCAAGGACUGAAUCACCAGCUUCACCUUCGAUCGCGAAUAAGCGGGCUAGCGCGUUGUAUUUACACAGAACCGAAAUCGGUGAGCGUGAAAAAACUUGCCGAACUUUUGAAUGAUAGUGAAGCCGCGGUGAAACGACUCGAAGAGCAAGAGAAAGUAUUAAAAGAAGAGAUCAGGAGAAUUGAUCCGAUGGAAAAGAGAUAA